UUCGACGCGUGGUUAUGCUGAAAAAUGUUUGUAUUUAGACGGGGAAUGUUCCAAUUGUCUUCUUUAUGAAGGAUUGAACUCUUUUAAUUUGUUGAUUUUGACAAAAACAUCACAUUGCAAGCUGUACCCAUGUUUGCACGCAAGUUGGGAAAUUUUGGAGGCUUCUGAAAACAAUGAAUGACACCGAGUUCAAGGUCGGUGAUAUUGUAGCCACAGUGGUAAUAAUCCUGUCUCUAGUGAUAGCUAUUGUCAUUGCUGUGUGUUGUCGAUGUAACAAAAGACAUAAACAGAACAGUAAAAAGAUUAUCGUAGACAGAGAAGCAACAUACAUUCCAGUAGCCAAAAUUAUGGGUUCUGAUUGUGGAGUCUGUCUAGAUACCAAAGAUUCCAGAAUGGGCCAAAUUGUUAAACUUCAUUGUAACCAUACAUUCCAUCAGAAGUGUAUGACAGAAUCUUUAAAAAGUCAGACAAAGUGCCCAUUAUGUCGGCAGCGGGUAAAACAGUUUACACCAAGUCAGAGAAUAUUUGCAUAUUUUCAGACUAAAAUUAACCAGUAUCGAUAUAACUAUAACGAAGAACAAGAUUUCGAAAGUAAUGUAUGACAACAGUAGAAUGGCUUUGUCUCAUCUGCAUUUACUUGGCGUCUCAGGUGGAUUUUAAUUUGACCUUGAACCUGAAAUCCAAUAUGGCUGUCAUCGUUCGCGACAGAGUCUUCCUCAACAUCAUUAUGAUACAAUGCAAUUGUAUAUAGUCAUGUUUACUUGUGUAUGUACAUUUGCUCAACGUCUGGAUAACCCAUGGGAUCAUAUAUAACACCUAUAACAUUUAUAAACUUUAAUCAGUAAACUAAUGUUGAUGAUAAAUGUUGUUAUUAAAUCUUAUGCAGAACAAUAUUAUGUAGGUACUUCAGUACUGUUCCAAAAAACAAAAAAAAUGUCGAUCGACUUAUAAUGUUCUUAACUUUAUCACACAUUAAAUUUCAGCUGAUACAUAUUAAAAUCCCGUUAAAUGCCAGACAUAUUUGUCAAGGAAAGUACUUGUUCAAGGCGUACAAAUACAAUGAGAAAUGUUCUUAGAAUGUACUGAUAUAUUUUCAUGUAUGAAAGCAAAAGUAGUAUUCAUUGAUCCGAGAUAACUAUGCUGAUAGUUUAACAUAAUGCAAUGAUUCCAAUAUUCAGGUAAAACACACGGACAAUACCAGCACCAUUGUCCGCGCAUUGCUUAUGGGUUUUCUAUGAAGAAAUAUUCUUUUUCUUUAGAAAUGGUGGGUCUUAGAAUUACGAAUGCUCAUUCAUAAAAAUCCACCUUAUUUUGACAUUCGCCGUAUGUUGUAAAAAGAUUAUGUCGAUCAAUUGGAUACUUUGGGAAUCAAAAAUGGCUUGCAUUAACAAUAGCAGUGCAAUUUAGAUAUAUGGCAUAGGACAUAGCAGAUGACCAAAGUGUCAAUAUAAAUACUUAAUGUAGAACUUCCAUGUAAAUUCUGGACAGACCAAAUAAACCCAUUAUCCCCUUUCGAAUGACAUGUUGAUAUCUUAACUGUCAUGACAUAGGCACUGUUACUAAAAACUAAUAAAAAACAAAGAAUUUGUUUGUCAAAUGAUACAGUAUCUGAAAUAUAUCAAUAAGAAACGAUACAUUAAUUGGGAACUAAAAUUUUUAUUGAAUGUUUAACGACUAUGACUUCUUCACAUCUUUAUUAUCAAAUAAUAAAAGGUGACGAAGUUAUAAUUAAUUAUACUCCCAUUGGUGUGAACGAGAGUGUUCGUGUGUGUGUGUGAAAAAGGGGUGUGUGUUUAUUUGUGUGUGAUACAUUUAUUGUGUUCAAUUAUUAAUGACAGGUUGAUUUGAAUUAUCAAAUAUGUCAUUCUUAUGUGUACAUUUAUUAUCAUUUUCAUUAAUUUCUCAUUUCGAAUUACCAUGUUGAUCAACCUUCCCAAACAACAUUAAAGUUUCACGUUACGGCAGGAUUGGUUAAUAACAUAGUAACAACAUUUAUUUUAUAUGUCAAUUAAUAUGCGUCAGCUCAUAUUAACUUAAACUGAUUUUAACUGUCAUAUAUAUAUACGAUUCAUUCUUAAUUCAGUUAUGAAUGAAUCAUAUAAUUGGCCGUUUCAGAAUCUAAAGAAUCAUGGGUAAUUUCAUUGUUCGUACCCCAAAACGAAAAUAACGUCACUUCAUUGGUUACAUUUCCAUUGUUUAUGACAUUUUUAACCAAUCACGACGUAUUGGUGUACACUUUUAGAAAAUAUUACCCAGGAUGCAUUAGAUUCUGAAAUUGCGAUUUCACUUUUGUGAUUUUGUCUCCUGAAAUAAACAAUAAAAUAAAAUGAUCUUG